AUGAAGGCUUUCAGUCAAUCGCUUCUGGCUCUCUCGCUUGCAUCAGUGGCUGUUGCAGCAGCAGCUUGCAACACAUCAGCACUGAACACGACCACUUAUAAUUAUUAUAUCACGGUGGAUGGCACAACAGUCUUUGAUGUUGCACGUGCCACCAAUCGCGGUGUUUGUGACAUCGGCCGCCAGAACCUCAUGGCCGAUGUAACUAUUGUUCCCAAAGUGGGCGAGUACUUCAUCAUCCCUCCCGAGGUGUGCGAGCCAGACAAUACAUCCUGUCUCUUGCCAAACAUCAAUGCUACACGCACCUGUAUCUACGGCGGACCUCGUCUCUACUACACCGUUCGGGGAGACACCUACGAAGUGAUUGCCCGCCGACUGAACAUCACGGUGGAAUCACUGAUGCACGUGGAUGGGCCUGCAAAUGAGACGUUAACCAAUCCUACUUCCCCGACGGCGGAAUUGGAUGUUGGCCAGUUUAUCAAGGUGCCUCAGUGCGAUCCUAGCCAGUGUAUCAUCCAGCCUUACGUCUUCAAGUGGGGUGUGUACAAGGACCUUGCAGAGAAGUACGGCACUACAGUGGGCCAAAUCAUGAUGAUGAGCCCGACGUACAACUACAGCAGUCUGGCUUUCUCACCUGAGGGCAUGUACCCUCCGAUCAACCUCCCGAUUAACUGCACGGCUUUGUCGAACAACAUGACUACCCUUGAUUAG